GGACAUGUAAAAACUAGAGCAAAAAUGAUACAGUCCUGAUUGAAGAUAAUAGUAAUAUCGUCAACGUCCCCAAUAAUGUCAAACUAGCACCCCCUCCCUCCUCUCCCCAAUUCUUGAACCGCUGACCAACUAAACUGYGGUAAUCCAAUAUGGCGGACGAAAGAGUGCAUGUGUGCGCUUUGGAGGAUUCAGAUGACAAAAGCCUGGUUUUGUCUCUUUUCAAAGAGGUUACUAAUAUUUCUCAGCUCAGAAAUCAUGUCAUCAGUGGAUAUAUUGAAGCAACGCUGCUUAAACCUUCUAUGAUUACAGAUAUYUUCCAAGUGAUCAUAGCAGCUCAUAAAGCUGUCCAUUGCCAGAAAUUUAAUAAAGUAAAGACAAAGACCUUACAUUCUGAAAUUCUCUUCAACUUAUCACCAACAAACAGUAUUAAGGAUGCGUUUAAUAAGUUUGGUGUUUCAGACCAAGACAGUAGUAUUUUGGUGGCUUUGAUAACAUCAGAAGAUCCUCAACAUAAGAUGAAAGAGAUAAGUCAAMUUAUACAGGGAAAGCAAGUCUCACUGGAUGAAUUGAACUCUUUUACCAAUGAAAGUACUAUAAAAAAGGUAUAUAAGAUACAAGAUGGUGAGGUUGGUUCYCUUUUAGAGGCUGUUCUAUGUCGUAUGGCUGCCAAAGACUGUGUUUGAUAGUCAGGAAUCCAAGACCCCCGACAGCACUAAAAUAAAGCUGACAGCUUUGUCGUUGUGUACGUUCCCAUUAUUAUACUUCUUCACCUUCCU